UACCAUUGCGCAGUCAAUCUUGCUGAACUGACACGCAGGCAGUACCUACAACACAGACUGUUCAAGGCUCAUUCAAUGCCAAUACUAUAUAAAUCCAGCUAGGACAGCACACACGCCGAGAAUUCCACAUCUCUGCCAUGUUACGAUGGCUGACAGAUUCGUACAACAGCACUAUAUCGCCUUCCUCCCGGGCCAGUUACAAGGUUAAAGGCGGUAGCAUCGUCAAACAAACUCGCACCAGCCCCAGAAGCAUGAGCCCAUGGGCUAUCAUCGAAGUAAACUGCGACUUGCAUUUCCUCGGAUACGAUUGGAUUCUUGAAUGGUCGCAGCGGAAUGAAACCGACGAUGAUGUCGUAAAGGAGAGCAACGUGCCAAUAGGUGUUAUGACAGAGAAUCGGAUCGAGCAAAAGGAUGCUCUCCUGGCUAGCCUUGACCUCAAAGAUCUGAGGCUAGGAAUUGGUGGAGAAGAGAAAUAUUUCAGCGAGGAGGAAAUCGGUGACAUAACUACCGAGAGGCGAUGGGUAACGGUCAAGGCACAUAGCAACAUCUUCUACUAUCAGAAAAGGUACAAUUUUCUGAGUCAAUUAUGGCCCUUUGUAUAUGCCGAGAAUAAGCUGUGGGUUGCGGCUUUGCCUGGCUCUACGAAGCCGAGCACUAUAGAUACCCCAUUUUCUGUGAUGGCGGAUGAGUUUCUUGCGGUUCCCGAUAAGCUGGAAGGAGAGGGGAAAGUAACUACCGUCGAAGCUGCAAAGCUCUUCAGGAUGGGCGACUAUCCUCUUCGGCCGGGCUCCCCUAAUCUCGAGAACAAGCGUAUCGUGUCAGAGGUUUCCCAAUUGCGCGCUAGGGGUUGCUCAGUAUGCACCAGUUGAGGCGGUCUGUUUAUCGAUUUCCAUAAUAAUCAAAUCUUGCACGAUAUCCAAGCUGUGGAGCCUCGCAAGUUUGUGAAUUUUACUACUACCUCUUGUCUUCUGUGGCUAUACCUCAUGAUAUUUACCGAGUAGUGGCAUAAGGAAACUAAAAAUGAAUAGCUUUGUAUUGCUGACAAUGA